AGGGGCAGGCCGCGGUGUGGCGUUCGUCAUUCCGCCGCCCUUCGCUGUUCUGAUUUCCAGCUACGCCAUGGCGCCUAAAGGCGGCUCUAAGCAGCAGUCCGAGGAAGACCUGCUGUUGCAGGAUUUCAGCCGGAACCUGUCGGCCAAGUCCUCCGCGCUGUUCUUCGGGAACGCGUUCAUCGUGUCCGCCAUACCUAUCUGGUUGUAUUGGCGAAUAUGGCAUAUGGAUUUGAUUCAGUCUGCUGUCCUGUAUAGUGUGAUGACCUUAGUAAGCACUUACUUGGUAGCCUUCGCGUACAAGAAUGUAAAAUUUGUCCUCAAGCACAAAGUAGCCCAGAAGAGGGAGGAUGCUGUUUCCAAAGAAGUAACUCGAAAACUUUCUGAAGCUGAUAAUAGAAAGAUGUCCCGGAAGGAGAAAGAUGAAAGGAUCUUGUGGAAGAAGAACGAAGUUGCCGAUUAUGAAGCUACAACCUUCUCUAUCUUCUAUAACAACACUCUGUUCCUGGUCUUGGUCAUUGUCGCUUCCUUCUUCAUCCUGAAGAACUUCAACCCCACAGUGAACUACAUCUUGUCCAUAAGUGCUUCAUCUGGACUGAUCGCCCUCCUGUCUACUGGCUCCAAGUAGACCAUGUCAUCUUAGCCCUCUAGCUUUGUAUCUAUGGGUGGCCUGUGGUGUAUGGAAAAGAAACAGGGUGGUCAGGGUGGGAGACACAAAAGAUGUCUUUAGAGUCUGAAGUUUGAGGGUUUAAAAAUGUAAUAGAUUCAGUGUUUGUUUAUUGGCUGUUUUGACAGAUUGUUGAAAUUAAAUGAAUUGAAAGGGAAAACUCAAAGUACCAGGACAUUUAUUAAAAGGCAAGAAGUCUUGCAAUGUGCUAUAAUUACAAGAGGAGAAAAUAACUUGUUUCCUUGAUCUGUCAGAGGUCACAGUAACCUGGACUGAGCUGUUGUUAUUUAUAAUAGACGGAAGAAGUUAAUAAUUGGUUCUCUGUGUUCCAAGCACAAUAUUAUAACAUUUUUGAGCCAUAAAUGUUAGAAUGACUCCUUUUCCCAGGGGAUUGAACAGAAGCCUCAUUUUUUAUAAGUCGCUGAAUUUGUAAUGACUCAUGUUAAAAAUAUGGCCUCUCCAAGGCAAGAGAAACUUGUGGAAAACUUUUUUUUUUUUUUUUCUUUUUUAAGAAGAAGGGCAGCCAAGGUAGUAACUUAAAAAUAGGUCUAUGAAAGUUGGAUUGCAGGAUUAAAGCACACACUCUUCAGCUGUAUGGUUUUGGCUCUGGGUGGCCAGGGAGGUCAGCUUGACCCUGCCAUGUUGGUUUGACAUAUGAAGCUGUUGGAAUCAUUGUUUGCCAAGACCAGGGUCUCCAUACCACUGGAAGAAUAUUAAGUAAGAGAGAGGAACCCUUUCCUGAAUAUUGACAUGUAAGAGACCAAAGUAAUUUUUGUGAACUUAGCUCUGGAAUUCUUAGAACUCUCCAAGGAAUUUACAGUGGUUCAAAAUAUUUAAUCAGUUUUCUGUAAGGACUUUCAUAAAUCUGGCCCUUUAGCUCAGUCCUAUUGUGAACAAAACACUGAUCUCUAGCCUUUCGUGGUAGGGGGGAGGGCCGUCCAACUGAAAGUGUCUUUACUUAUAUUUUUCCUAGCGUAUGUACAGCUUCUGUAUGUGCCAUGAUUUCAAAGUCUGGAAAGCUUUUAUACUUAGGUUAUUGAUUUCAUUUUCCUUCUGACCAUAUGGAGAAGUUCCUUACAAAUAGACUUAUCAGAAAGAUAUCCUUAAUUAUUAAUUUCCAUCAAAAUUAGCUUAGUUUCCACCAAAAAUUACAGUGGGUGUUAAAAAUGAUACUAUUUAUAACUUUUUAAAGAGGUGUUUAGCUGGAGUUGUGCUGCUUAAAUGCUGUUGGAUGUGUUGGUGUGUUCACAGAUGUUAAACCAGGAGUAUAUGUACAUAAUCACCUGGCUCAUCACUCACUGUCUGUGUUGAGAAUUACUUUCAUCAUUGCUUCUAUAAGUUGCCAAUUGUGUAAUUCGGUGAAUAUUGUAUGACUGCCAUUGUUAGAUAAUGUGAAGUAAAUAGGGAAAUGAAGAGAUUCAUUGCAAAAUACCUUUAGGCAACACAUAAGAAAUGUUGCUUUGUUGGUGUUUAUAUUUUCUGCUAAUGAAAAGACAGUGGGUAUUUGGUGACUUGGAAUCUGCCUGCCUAUUUUUUGUUGUUUUUUGUUUUUCAAGGUAGGGACUCAAUCCAGUUGAGUCUGACCUGGAAUUUACCCUGUAGUCUCAGGGUGGCCUUUAACUCACAACGAUCCUCCUACCUCUGCCUUGCGAGUGCUGGGAUUAAAGGCAUGCACCACCACACCUGGCUGCCAGUACAUAGUUUUAUAUGUAUUUGUCUGUUCAGAGCUGGGCCAAAUAGCUUUAAGUGGCUGCUGAAAACUUGCCACUAGAUGGCAAUGCCUGUGUUGCUGGGAAAAAGUUGCCACCAUUAUUGGUACAGUACAGGAGUGUCAGCCUAAAAUUCUGAAUUAAAUAUUUUAAGUUAAUAAACCACAAACUUGUUGGAAAGUGA